CGUCGGUCGAUCCAGUUGCACGCUCACCUUCCCGAGCCGCAUCUCUCUCUCUCUCUCUUCUCUCUUACUCUUCCUUGACACAACUCUGACUGCCUCUCCGGAGACCUCUGGGGAUCUUUUUAAUUCCUCUCUGCUAGAUUUGGAGACAAGAUGUAAUUGCGCGGCGAGUUCCGCCGCCUGGAAAUGACCAACAACAUCAUGGCCGUGGGCCUGUGGACAUCGAACGCGACCCAGCAGCUGUGGCUGAACGAGACCGACUGCACCAACGGGACGCUCGGGAACGCGACGCUGGGCAAUGCGUCGGACACGGGGCUCUCGAUGGGCGGCGUCCCUCCGGAGAAAAACUACUGGGCGUUGCUGCUGGUGCUGUUCCCCGUGUUCACGCUGUUUGGCAACGUGCUCGUGAUCUUGGCCGUGCGGCGGGAACGCACCUUGCAGACCGUGACCAACUACUUCAUUGUCAGCCUGGCGCUCGCCGACUUGCUGGUGGCCGUCGUGGUCAUGCCUUUCGCCGUCUACGUCCUGGUGAAUGGGACUUGGGGCCUGCCUACGUUCGUGUGCGACUUGUACAUCGCAAUGGACGUCACGUGCAGCACUUCGUCCAUUUUCAACUUGGUGUCCAUUAGCAUAGACAGGUACAUAGCAGUCACUCAGCCGAUCAAAUACGCCAAACACAAGAACGAGCGACGCGUGUGGCUGACCAUCGGGCUGGUGUGGGUGAUUUCAGCGGCCAUUGGGUCGCCCAUCGUGCUCGGACUGAACAACACGCCCGACCGACUGCCGGACCUGUGCGUCUUCUACAACAGCGACUUCAUCAUAUACUCGUCGCUCAGCUCCUUCUACAUCCCGUGCAUCAUAAUGGUCUUCCUAUACUACAACAUUUUUAAGGCGUUGCGGAAGAGGGCCCAGAAGCAGCGAGCUGCCCGCAGGUCCAACCUGGCCGACAGCAUGCCCGGCGCCGUGAUCGAGAACUUGGCCCAGACGCGCCGACUGGCUGAGACGGCCCUCGUCGGCGCAGGGGUAAGUGCGGCCUUGCCGCUGCCCUCGACCACCUCACUCACCCUAGACGAGGACAAGCCGACAAACACCGGCAGCGGAUCUCAGGACGAGGACGAGGACGAGAAGGACGACGAGCAGGAGAACGAGCAGUCGAUCGACGACUGCCACGUCAUCGCCAACGACAAAUCCAUUGAAUUCAUCCUGGCCACUGUGGUCGAGGAGGAAGCGGCCAGGAACCCUUUGCCAGCAAAACUGCGCGAUGCCAACGGCAACAACGAUUCCGGGUACGCGGCGUCCCACAUCGAGGAGCCUGCCUGCGUCCAGCCAGCGGGCAGUCCGGCGGGCAGUCCGCGCGCAAAAGGUUCGCGGAGAAACGGCAGCUUCAAAUCGACGGCGGGUCACUCGCGCAGUAUGGCAAUGCCAGUGCCAACCCCAGGGCCGUGCGCUACGUCUGGGUUGGCGGUGAUAACGGUGGGCACGGUGGCCGCCGUGUCAGCUGCCACCGUGGGCGCCGACACCAAGAAGGAUCGCAAGUCCACCGGCAGCAGGUUCACCAUUUACAAGGUCAACAAGGCCAGUAAAAAGAAACGCGAAAAGUCAACCGCUAAAAAGGAGCGCAAAGCCACGAAAACUCUCGCCAUCGUGUUAGGGGUGUUCCUGGUGUGCUGGGUGCCGUUUUUCACGUGCAACAUCAUGGACGCCAUGUGCACCAAGCUGGGCGCCACCUGCCAGCCGGGGGUGGCCGCCUUCAUCGUCACCACCUGGCUCGGCUACAUGAACUCGUUCGUCAACCCGGUCAUCUACACCAUCUUCAAUCCCGAGUUCCGAAAAGCGUUCAAAAAACUGUGCAUCAGCGGCACUUAAUGACGCGCUCAACCCUUACUGAGUCUUCGUACCUUGGAGUGAAAGGAGGAAAAAAUCAAGAAAAAGAAGGUUUUGGGCCAACUUUUCAACCGCCCUGCUGAACAUGUAAAAAAACGUGAUAUACGAGCUUCUGCGAGAGAAUGACGGAAAUGACACUCUUCUGUUGGACGCGCAAAAUAUGUUUCAAAGGCAAAUAUUUUCUUACACCAGCUCUAAAGUUUAAAGAAAAAAUCGUUCGUCGCAAAGUACGGAGUGGCCCGGCCACCUAACUACGCUCUUUUUCUGCGUGGAAUCGACGUAACCGCCUAAAAUAGCCGUCGUCGAUUCUGCCCGAAAUCGACUUUCGGUGGCCGGGCUGUUGUCAAGCAAGGCGAAGGGUCGACUUUAUUUAAAAUAGACCUAUCAAAACAAUGUGAGAGUGCAUUGGGCUCGGCCCUUCCGCCUUAAUGUGCUUCAUACGUGUGCAGGGAACAGUGUAUAGCGCAGCUCUUUCAGAAUACAUGUAGCCUCUCUGCCACAAAACGGCAGGUACGGUUGUCAAAGAUAUUAUGCGCAUAAUUUUCCUCUUUGUGAUGUGUUUUUUAAGUAAGUAGCUGCGCGCCGAGCAAACGGAGCGGCAGAUUUGUUUGGGGUGGUCGGCUCCGAUCGAUUACACACACAUAUACUUAAUCAUCCCCUCUGUGAGGCAACUCAAAAAAAUUAGGACUACAUUGUAUGGAAAAAAACAAUCACUGAUUGUAAGAGAGAGUUUCUAAUAGCAAACAAAACGCUCAAUUUUUUCUUCUACUUUUUUGGAAUUUUUUCAUUAAUAAGAGUCUCGUUUUACAUUCGUUUUUGAUCUGCAAAAAUAAUAAUUUUCUUUCACUGGCGCUUCGCCGUGUGAUCCAUUCAUAAAGCAUAUAUAAAUGGGCCGAAAGGACCAGAGAGAGCGGCUGGGGUCGUUAAUUCAGGGUAUUUGCUGGAAAUGCAUUGAAAACUCAUACAUAUAUUCAUAUUGAUCCGCCGACGUUUUUCAGCUCUCUCAUUUCACUACUCUACAAGGAAAGUGUGCUCAAAAUUUCCAGCUUCCGCAACCCGACGCACUCGAUCGGCCUUUGCCCACAUUAAAUGUCUCAUUGAAUCAUGUAUGAUGAAACAGCUUACUUGAUAUAUUGAUAUAAUAUAAAAAGCGGCCAAAACUUUUAGACGAGAGAAAAACAUACACUUUGAUGUUACUCGCAUCUCCUAAUUUUUUGUAAUAAUUAACUAGCAAUUAGUAUACAUUCGUGUUGAAAGUGACUCGUAGAGUUGUGAGGGACGAAAAUGUGAACGACGUCCUCUGAUUGGUGCGCAAAAUAUCAGUCAGAGGAGGCCUCACGGAAAACCUGACCAAAGAUAUUGAAAUUAUAUUGAUAAAUUUUGGAGAAGAGCGGAGAACCAGGGAGACGCAAGACAAAUAUGUAUCCAGUUUUUGAAUCUGUGCGUCGGCGUAGGUAUAGAGUAAAAACUUGUGCAGUUUCAGCGUAAUUGCCCAGCAAGCAAUCUCAAACGUCCUCGGGCAAAUUGCUCUCGCGCCUUGAGUACAGCAAAAGCAGAUGCCAGGAGAGAAAAAAAGUAAGCGUCCCUUGGCUCCAUUCUUCUCGUACGUUGGAGGUAGCGAAGCGAGAUAAUUGAAUAAAAUGGGCGAAAAUAAGAAAAUUGUUAUGAUUAGAGAAAAAAAAACUCUUCUUUUGAGUUGCCGGUGUUGCAAAAAAGAUAAAGAAAAAUAUAUCGUCGCAAUAAUAAAGCACACCAACUCGGUUUGUGCGCAAACUGAAGUGGUGUUGGGUCCAUAAGUGUACUAUUUGCCGUGUGCAUAUGAUAUGAGGUACUUGUUACAAUAUAUUGUUGUAGACGGAGGCCGGUCAGCCUGCGUGGGUGUCGCGGGCUCGGCGGAGGGUGAGCGGCUCGGAGCUGAAACAGACUGUCCUGCAGCCCCAUUCUGAUUCAGCGACGGCACACCGGCUCCGCUAGCUGGGCACCCACGCACCCAAGGGCGACAGGCACCCGCUAAUACUUACAAUAUGGAAGGGGAGAAUGCUCUAUAUACAUAUUGUAUGAAUUUCCUCUUGUUCUGUUUGUGAAGACGAAGAAAUUUUAAACACACAAAUAAAGUUUAUUUAUUGCUUUA